AAUGGGGGGAGGACAGGAGAGAGGGAGGAUCUGGGGGGCACAGGUGAGCGCCGAGGGCGGCGGGGGCGGGUGCUCCCCGCGUGUCCCCGCUCCCGCUCGGAGCCCCGCCAGGCUAAACGCCCCCCCCCUCCCAUCCCCGUGUUUCUCCUCGCCGGGGCUCGGCGCAGGGAAGGCGGCGAGUUGGUAACGGCGUCGGCGGCCGCAGCCCCGGCUCCGCGGAGUGCCCAUCGCUGCCGGGGCUGGACGGGGAGGAAGCCUACCUGUAGCCGCAGAUAAUGUUAUGGACAUUGGCUUAGCGAACGAAAAGGCCGGUCAGGAAUUGUCCUCCUACUCGGGCACUUUUCAACCCGCCCCGGGCAACAAGACUGUCACCUACCUGGGGAAAUUCGCUUUCGACUCGCCCUCCAACUGGUGCCAGGACAACAUCAUCAGCCUGAUGAGCGCCGGCAUCCUGGGGGUGCCGCCGUCCUCGGGCGCGCUCACCAGCACGCAGAGCUCGGCGGGCAGCAUGGGGCCGCCGCAGGGCGAGGUGGACCAGAUGUACCCCGCGCUGCCGCCCUACUCCUCCUGCAGUGACCUCUACCCAGAGCCCGUCUCCUUCCACGACCCCCAGAGCAACCCUGGCCUCACCUACUCCCCCCAGGAUUACCAGGCGGCCAAGCCCGCCUUGGACAGCAACCUCUUCCCCAUGAUCCCAGACUAUAACCUCUACCACCACCCCAACGACAUGGGCACCAUCACGGAGCACAAACCCUUCCAGAGCUUGGACCCCAUCCGUGUCAACCCGCCCCCCAUAACCCCGCUGGAGACCAUCAAGGCCUUCAAGGACAAGCAGAUCCACCCGGGUUUUGGGGGGCUGCCGCAGCCGCCCCUCACCCUCAAGCCCAUCCGACCCCGCAAGUAUCCCAACCGGCCCAGCAAGACGCCGCUCCACGAGCGGCCCCACGCCUGCCCGGCCGAGGGUUGCGACCGCCGCUUCUCCCGCUCCGACGAGCUCACCCGCCACCUCCGCAUCCACACGGGCCACAAGCCCUUCCAGUGCCGCAUCUGCAUGCGGAGCUUCAGCCGCAGCGACCACCUCACCACCCACAUCCGCACCCACACCGGCGAGAAGCCCUUCGCCUGCGAGUUCUGCGGCCGCAAGUUCGCCCGCUCCGACGAGCGCAAGCGGCACGCCAAGAUCCACCUCAAGCAGAAGGAGAAGAAGGCCGAGAAGGGCUCGGGUGGGCAGCCCCCCGCCGCGCCCCCCGCCGCCGCCGCCACCACCUCGCCCCCCGUCGCCCUCGCCCCCGCCGUCACCACGUGCGCUUGAGGGACUGUGGGGGGCGGCGCGGUGGCACCCCUUCUCCUCCCCUUGCUCUCGGCACCGCUCCGGGGGGAACCCCACGGUGUUCAGGAUACCGGGGUUGUGCUGCGACGGGUCCGCUCUGCCCGCACUCGGAUUGACCGGGUCCAGGCUGCCCGCACCUGGAUCCUGCCUGCACUUGGAUCGACGGGUCUCGCGCUGCCCGCACCCGGAUUGCCCGGACUGGCGCUACCCGCGCUGGGAUUUGCCCGCACCACCUGGAUCCCGGCUGCCUGCUCCCGCACCUUCCACAUCCCGGCUGCUUCCACCUGCACUGCCCGGGGCCGGGCCGCCCGCACUGCCUGGAUCCCGGCUGCCUGCUCCCGCACCUUCCACAUCCCGGCUGCUUCCACCUGCACUGCCCGGGGCCGGGCCGCCCGCACUGCCUGGAUCCCGGCUGCCUGCUCCUGCAACUCCCGGAUCCCGGCUGCCCACAACCGCAGCGCCUGGGGCCGGGCUGCCCGCACCCUCCUUGCCCGGUUCUCCCGGAUCCCCUGCUGUCCGCACCCUGUUCCCGGAUCCCUGCUCCCGCACCUGGAUUACUAGCACCUCCCGGAUCCCGGUUGGAUUGCCCCAUCCCGGCUCUCCCGGCUCCGAUUCUCCCGCACCCCACGGCCCUCACACGGCACCUCCCGGGUCCAUCCCGCCCGCACCCGCCCGGCCUGGCUCCGUGCUGCCUGGGCGGCGGAUCCCGGGAAUAAUCCCGGCUGACCUGGAUCCCAGGGCUCGGUCCGACCCGCCCGCCCUGCCGGGGCUGGGUGCUCCAGGAUCGGGCCCCCCACACACCCACCCCAGUCCCGUCCUGCCCGGCUCUUCUGGGGCUGGGCUCUCCAGGAUCCGUGAUGGACGGAUGGAUGGAUGGAUGGAUGGAUGGAUGGAUGGAUGGAUGGAUGGAGCUGAUCUGGCUCCUCUCCUCGCCAGGCCUGGAGCCCCUGUUGUCCCCCCCGGCCCCGUGUCCCCCCCGUGUCCCCAAGCACUGGCUCCCCGUGUUGGAGGUAAGAGGGCUCAGCCCCCCAAGCCGGGCUGGUGGGGCGGGGGGCAGCUCUGCGGGUCCCCCCAACUCCGGGGGCGGCGGGGAACUAUGUCCCGGCAGCAGCUUUUGGGUUUGUUUUCUUAUUUUUGUUUUCUUUUCCUUUUUAUUAUUUUUUGUUUGUUUGUUUUCAGCAGAAGAGAAAUUCUUUACAGAAAUACAGGAAAAAAAAAAGCACCCCAGUAUUUUGCUGAAUACUUUUUAUAAUGUGAGAUAUUUUUAUUUUAUUUUAUUUGGUCACUUUAAAACAACCACCCAACUAUGGAGGAGAAAAAUCAAUUAGUCCUCUAUUUUAUUAUUUUAUUUUUUUUUCUUUCUCCUUCUGGUAUGUGCAUGUCAUUGCAUGACUGCUCUGAUUUUUUUCUUCUUUUGUUUUAAUAAAACUGUGCUCAGACAUUUAAGCUAAACUAAGCAAAAAUAAUAAUGACUUAAAAAGAAAAAAAAAUCUUUGUUGCCAAAAGGUCGUGCUAUCCAGGUUUGAUGUCUGCAUGUGAAAAAAAAACCACAAAAAAAACACAUUAAAAACGUACAAAAAUAAAGAGAAGAGGAAGAAUGCAGUCUAAUUUAUGUGAACUGAAAGGAACAAAAAAAAACAAACAAAAAAAAAAA